CGAAAAUUAGACGUGUGUGUGGCGGACACGUCGUCUUCGAAGAUAUCUUCGGCGGCACGUAGUGUCGUCUGUUUCGUUGCCAUUGCGUCGUCUGCUUCUUCGAGCCGUGUCGUCUGCUAUCGCAGCGCUGCGAGUUCUGCGUCUUUGGAGUGUUCUUUUUUAUACCGCGACCUCUCUCUCGCUCUCGUCGUCAUGUUCUUCUGAGUCACGUGGUUGCGACGUCCGUGACGUAAUUGGGAUUCUUGGACUCGGAUGCAUAGCGAAUCGUCUCUGUUCUUCUGCCUUCGUGAGUUAUUUACAACUGAUCUCUGUCGUCUGCUUCCUCAAGCUCCUUUACGCUGAUUUUUGCCAUCCGCUUCGGAACUCGAUGUCGUCUGCUAGUUUUAUUGAGCUCCGUCCGCCUGGUACAUUUCAUUCACACCCUCGCCCAUUUGCUGUCAUUUUUAUGCAUUGCUAACGCAUUUCAAAAAGUGACCGAUUGUUUAUUAAAUCAGAUGAGCGCCGAUACGAACUUGUGCUUAUAUGAUACUAACGUAUCGAACUUUACAACGGCCCGUGUUUGCAGUUUUGGGUUACCGCAUUAAUUCCAUUGCUUGUCUGAGUUAACCUGUUUGUCCCUUGCCACGAGCUGCACCAUCGGCAUCCAAUGUAUUCUAACAUGCGUACCCAUCGUGUUUACCGUGCUAACAGAACUGAAGCACGUUGUUGACAUAAGUGCUGCCUGCGGACUGUGUUGUGAAAUGAAUUUGCUUUUGAAAUACUCAUGGUUAUUCCUCGCCACGUGACUUGGAAGGCGCACCCGAGAGUGAGAGAGAGAGAGAGAGAGAAAAGAGUUGUGUGGUCGUGUCAGUGACGAGAGCUGUAUGUUUCGACUGCUUGAAAUAACAGGGCCAGUUGAAAGGCUCUAUUUAGCCUGUCGAAUCAGCUUCUCUUGAAGCGUGUGAAACCAUCACUCCCAUCGAACAAUCUGUGGAAAAAUUAAUACUACCGAGUGUGUGUGUGUGUGACCUGCGUUCCAAUACAGCUCGUCGACCGCGUAAUGUUGCCCCUGGAUACAGGCAUCGACGGUUUAUACUAGUGCUAGGUCCUAUGUCGCCUUCCCUUUCAUCGGAUAAAUAGUGACCAAGAGGAAAUAUCGAAAGCCAACCCAAAGCAGUUAUUGGAAGCUGGAUUGCCGACGAGGUACUGCUUCUAUUGGAUAGCUGGAAUUAACAUCUCGAUGCAUGCAAGAGAAGCCACCAGUAGAACGCACAAAGCACGUGCAACAUGAACGUUCGGAACAUGAAAGACUCCGAUGUCCUUCAAGGUCGUAUGGAAAUCAGCUGUCAGACAGGCGUCCCUGAUGUUAAACUUGCUCAUUGGUUCGUUCUAUGCACCGUGAAGCUUCGUCGGUAAUACGCAGUUCAUCGCCAGUAAUAAGAAGGAAUUCACGGGACCUAUGCUGUCACCACCCGAAAAUCGACGUAAUCGAAGUACCGUACUUCAGGAGCAGAUGCACCUCUGCAACGCGUCUUCUUGUGUCCCAAAACAUCGCACGACUCGCGGAUGACUCAGUGGCAAUAUACGAACGUUAACAAAGCCAUCCCAAGAGAAAGGGACUUAAAAGUCGAAGAGCUCUCUUGAGACUGGAGGAACCGCACUCUAUAGCCAUAGCAGUGUCUUCUCACGGAAAGCUGAGUUUCUUCGCGCGAAUCGUCAUUAAACGUGGGGGCGACGCAUAAGCGAGCCUCGUCUUCUGGCGUUGCCUUCUGGAACUGGAGAGAAGGUCAGAACUUUUUUCACGCUCUGAUGUGGGGGAGGCUGGAAUUACCGCGUCAUGCAACGCUGGGGACGCUCGCAAGCGCCGUGCUUUGGUGGCUGUUCACUCUGUGGAUUUGGCGAUGGUGGCUCGCACCGGGCGUCCUUUUCAGUUGGGGUCUCCUGGGUGUGUGGUUGGUGCCGGCCGUGUGGCUACUGCCUUCCGACGAAUGGUGGCAAGAGUGGUGCAGUGUCACGGGUGGUCUGGAGCCUCACGGUGUCCUUGGUGUCGAGAAGGAGAGUGGUGGUAGUGGUGGUGGUGUUGAAAGCAGUGAGGUGUUCUGUGCGCGAGGCGAGAGGAUUGCUGGCGCAGAGCUGGAUCCAGGAUUGGGCCUGUCCAUGCAUCAUAUCUCGUAUCUCCGCGAGGUUUAUCAGCGCCAUCGAGACAACCGCUUCGAUGUGGAAGAUGGGCCGGGCGUGGGACCCGGGGGUCGAGCCCUGCUCGAAGCCUCCAGUCCUUCAUCUGGGUUGGUCCUCACCAAUUUCCCUCAGCGGAGGGAGUCCUUCCUCUAUCGCUCCGACUCCGAGUUCGAGAUGUCGCCGAAGUCCGUCUCCCGGCACUCGUCCAUCGGCUCCGAGGCGACAACGGCGGCGACACCAGCUCAGCCGUCUGUCUCUAGUUUACUGCAAAGGCAUGGGGAGGACCAGAUCGUCACACCCUUUGCUCAGAUUUUGGCGUCGCUGAGGAGCGUCCUUCAUAAUAUCAAGCAUUUGACCAAAGAUAUUCCCCCCGCGAUGAAACAAGGAUCGGGAUCUCCAAGCCACGGCUCCAGUGAUAUGACUCUGACAGAAGAUGAGUACAAUCAGUUGGCAGCUUCAACAGUCAAAGAGUUGGAAUGGUGCUUGGAGCAGCUGGAGACUAUCCAAUCACACAGGUCCGUCGGAGACAUGGCUUCCAGCAAGUUCAAAAGAAUGCUCAACAAAGAGCUUAGCCAUUUCUCCGAAUCAAAGUCAGGGAGCCAGAUCUCAGAAUACAUCUGCAACACAUUUUUGGACAAAGUCCAAGACCUAGACAUGCAGGUGAUGAGGACCUCCGACGAGGUCCCAACGUCCAAGGCGAGACACCGUCCGUCAGACGCCAUGUCGCAGAUCUCGGGCAUACGUCGGUCCCUCUGCCACACCAACAGUCUAACGACGCUACCCAAGUAUGGAGUGGAGACGCCACAUGAACACCAGCUCGGUCAGGCCCUGGCAGACGUGGACAAGUGGGGCUGCAAUAUCUUCAAAGUGGCCGAAUACUCUUGCGGAAAGCCCCUCACCGCGAUAACCUACACCAUCUUCAAGGACAGAGACCUGUUGAAAGCGUUUGACAUCUCGUCUAAGAAGUUCCUCACCUUCCUGCUCACACUAGAAGACCACUAUUUAAAAGUGCCCUACCACAACAGCAGUCAUGCGGCCGAUGUCACGCAGUCGGUGCACAUGCUUCUCCUCUCUCCGGCUUUGGAUUCCGUGUUCACUGACUUGGAGAUCAUGGCAGCCCUCUUUGCAGCAGCCAUUCAUGAUGUUGAUCAUCCUGGAGUCACAAAUCAGUAUCUCAUCAACACAAGUUCUGAACUGGCAAUAAUGUACAACGACGAAUCUGUGCUUGAAAGCCAUUCUCUAGCCGUGGCAUUUAAGCUACUUCAGGAUGAGAGCUGCAAUAUUUUCGAGGGUCUGACCAGAAAGCAGAGGUUGACUCUUAGGAAGAUGGUCAUUGAUAUGGUUCUCGCGACAGACAUGUCUAAGCACAUGAGCCUGCUUGCCGAUCUCAAGACGAUGGUGGAAACGAAAAAGGUCGCCGGGUCUGGAGUGCUAUUACUGGACAAUUACACAGAGAGGAUACAGGUGUUGCAAAACAUGAUUCACUGUGCUGACUUGAGCAACCCUACCAAGCCACUCGAAGUCUACCGCAAAUGGGUGGACCUGGUCAUGUCCGAGUUUUUCAUGCAAGGCGACAAGGAACGUGUCGAGGGACUUGACAUCAGCCCUAUGUGUGACAGGCACACAGCCACUGUGGAAAAGACGCAGGUAGGGUUCAUUGACUACAUCGUUCACCCGCUGUGGGAAACCUGGGCGGAUCUCGUCCAUCCCGACGCGCAAGAAAUCCUGGACCGACUGGAGGAGAACCGGGACUGGUACCAGAACAUGAUCCCCAUAAGCCCAACGUCCAGCAACCCAGACGUCACCUCGGAGGACCGGUCCGCGACAGAGGUCUCCGAGUCCGACAGCAAAGACAAAGGGUCCGACAAAAUAAAAUUUCAAAUCACGAUAGAGGAGCCGGAAGAAGACGACGACAACUGCAUCCGCGAGGAGAGUCCGACAUCUUCCGACGGCUAAAGGUGCUUCCAGUGAAAAACAAAGGAAAAGAAGUUCACCUCUGUUUUGGUUUUUUUAAAGAACAGUUUUUAAAGUGAUUCUUUUAAGAGACCACGGACAGUGUCGACAGAUAAGUUAUUGUUGGGGUGUGUGUGUGUGUGAGAGUGUGUGUAUCGAACUGACGUGCCGGUCUUGCAAAUGCUGGGCUGUUGGACACUCAAGAACCGUGCUGAAAGUGACACUUCGUCUACGUCGUCUAACCGGUAGAUUACCGUUUAGGGAGACACGGUCAGAUUGUCUGGAGUUGAUCGCACUCAGCGAAGUUGGAAGUUUACCGUGGCCGAAAGAUUGGAAAGUUUUGUUCCUCUUUGGACUUUAGGAUUUUACGAAGCGCGACGUCCUCGGCGUGAGUGUGUGUGUUCUUUUUUUUUUUUCAAUUUCCGCAGCCGAGGGCUCUCUCAGCACCGCGCGCUACGCUUUGGCGUAAUGGCUGCAUUUUUCUGAGCCGAAGUUUCUUGACGCGGUCGUCGUCUCGUAGUUUCGCAAGGAAAAGUUCCCGUUUUAGGUCCUCACCCCCGUGCUCUAGCCGUGUCUAUGCCGCUUUUAUUAUUGUUGUUUCGGUUAUUUUAGUUGUGGAUACCCACGAGGCUAACCCACCCGUCCUUUAAGCAAAAAAAAAAAGGCCAGUGAUGGCACAUCUGUCUCUAGUCAGCGUCGUUGACGGCGGCCCGACCUUAGUAAUCUUUCGGAGCAUUUUGUGACACGCCGUGCUCUAGAGGUACUUACGAGAGGAAUACUCAGAGAACGGUCAUUUUCGUGGUUUAGGUGCGGGGAGGGGGAUGAGGCAACUCGAUCGUACAAUACUACUUCGUUGAUAGAUGUCUGUACAGGAUGAAAAACUACAUAUAUGUAUUCAUUGUGGACUUGUACAGGGUUGCGAAUACAACGUGCAGCUGAAUUUCACAUGGAUCUGUCGUUAUUGUAGGGGGCGCCGGUGAACUGGCGCGAGAAAUGCUUAUAGUGCAAAGACCUUGCUUUUUCUUUUUUUUUUAAACGUGUACAGUACAAUAGAUGUGAACGUUGGUCACAUUUAUGUUUCUGCUUAAAAAAAAGUGAACCUUCAAGAGUGUGAUGGUUUAACUCACAAAGAUGAAGGGGUCCCACAAAGAUACGCUUGUCCUGUGUUGUUAAUAGGACUAGAUACUCUAGACUGUUUCGUGUACGAGACCUUACAGAUCCGCAGAGUGUUGCAAUGCAUUUUGACGAUUCCCACGUUUCGUUGCGGUAUUUAAAAAAAAAAAAUGUAUGCGGGUAUGGAGUUUUUUCCUGAGAAACAGCUUCUUGGCAUAGGUGGAAUGUUCUUGGUGCAUUGUUUUUUUUACUAACAAAAUUUAGUUGCAAAAAUAAAUUAUGAAGUAACUAAUAAACUAAAAAUCGAAUUUGAGGCUGCUGUUGCGCAACACCACUUAUAGGAUUUCUGGAUACCGAGCAAAAUUCCCAAGGUUUUGAUCCCAUUCAUGGAUCAACAUAUCAUUCGAACACUGGUUACGGCAAGUUAUCAAGGUGGCACCCACUUGUAAAUUUUAGGCAAUUAGUGUUUACAAUUUGGAGGCUAAUGCUAUAAGGGUGACAUUGUCAUCACAGAAAUCGUAAAAAGCGUUGCGAGGUUUACUCUCUACAGAACGUCCCUAUUUUGGUCCAUAUUUGUUGUUUGAGGCAUUUGGAAUUUUAUAGAUGGUAUACGCAGAAGAAGCACAAAUAAGAUUAGGGGACUAUUUUGUUGCCAGCUCAAUGCACAAAAAAAGGCCAAAGAUGUACAUACUAUUAGCACAUCCAGCUCUCAUCAGCAUGUGUUGUGCAAAUGGAAACCUCGACACACUUAACGUACAAGUAAUUUCUUUGUAGUAUUAACGGUGUCUUCCCAUCGCAGUAUACCAACAGCAAAAUUUUGCAUGCAGAGUUAUUGAAAUUGUGUUACACUCUUUCCACAAGCAGUAUUCUAAAAAAAUGUGUUUGUUUUAGUGUUACCUGACCGUUUUUGCACAAUAGUCUGAUGUGUAUUAACUUUUUGAUGGUGUACCAAAAAUAGAAAAGGCAAAAAAAUAAAUAAAGCAAGACAUCUUCAGGUGUUUGAAAGGUACAAUCACGUGUAAAUAUAUGGAGGAAUUGCCAUACACAGAGUCACACGGAAACACAUUCUUAAUGUGCAUGAUAUUAGUGCAACACUGCACACUCAAGCUGACAUGUGUGCCUUCCUUCCCUGUUGUGUAUCAAAUGUUCUUCAAGCCAUAACAUAUAUGUAUACUACUACACAAAGGUAUAUGUGUAAAUAACGUGCUGCUGUCAUUUUCACAGCAGUGCCUCCAGAACUGUGUCUUUCUGCAUGAAUAUAGUUGUAAAGAUAUGUCAACUAGAAAAACUACUUGAUGUUUCCUUCUUGAUGCUUUUCCAGUUAUUAAACGGCAAAGCAUUACCAUGUUGAA